GUGAUUGUUCCUGAGAUAGGUCUUGUUAGAUACACAAUUUAGAAUUGUAUUUAAAAUUGUUUGUUUCAUCUGCAUUUCUAUCAUAUGCCGAUAGAUAUUGUCAAACUGGGUCAUGAAACUUUGAUUUGCAUGGUGGUUUGGCACGCUUGGAGGAGCCGUUUCGACCCAUUUUCUAUUGAUCCAUUGUCUUCGCCACGUCACUCAAACUGCCGCCAAAUGGUCAACGGUCCUCACAGAUGUUAAAGGGACCACGAUUUACGGGUCAGUUUAUCACUAAAACACGUGCGUUUUAUGUGAGAAAGAAAACAAAGCGUUCUUCGUCAAGCGUGAAACUGUUGAUGAUUAUUUGAUGAGAUAGGUGAUAUAUAGUCGACACGGGUAUCCAUAUAUCGGGUACAGGGCAACGCAGGAGGACAGGCGAGGCUGGCAUGCUUGAUGCUUUCAAGCAAGAGGGGAUGGAACAAGAUGUUUACAAAGUAGAGGAUCCUAACUGAACGUGGCCGAUCACCGAUACUCACCCGGGAGUUUAUAAGUCAAAAAGUAGCAGCGUUGCCUUAUUGCUGUUCGACACGUACAAUUGGCUCAGAGAGUUCGGUAGUGUACUCUGUUGAGGGAUGUAUGGGUAGCAAACCCCAGCGAUAGUAUCAUUACCAUUAUCGGACUUCCGGAAAGUAACACUACCAAUGAACAAUUGGGAUAAUACGUGACACACGUUGUUUGAUUGUUGGAUAUGAGUGGUUGUAUUUUGGAUACUGUCAUCGUUCUGUCAGUUCUUUUCUUAGCAGUCAUUGUUUGCUGGGAGCGGCCGGACCUUGGCUAGACUGAAAACAGGAUGGUUACAAGUCCCGUGGGGUCAGGGAAUCUCCUCUUCCUCCUCCUCAUCCUCUGGUCUCUUUCUUGUUCUGCGCUCAAAGAUGUGGCCGAUUUGUCGCCAGAAAAGCGCCUGAUAAAAACCCUGUUAGCAGAUUAUGAGGAGCGCGGGAAAAUGGGUCGCCCUGUGGAGCAUUUUAACGACACCCUCCUGGUCAACUACGGCCUCAGUCUCAUACAGAUACUGGACCUAGACGAGCGAAACCAAGUCCUCAGUACCAACGUGUGGGCAACCUACACUUGGCGGGACAUCUACAUGCAAUGGGACCCCGAGAAAUACAGUAACAUCACCAAGAUUCGCGUGCCGAGCGGCAGCAUCUGGCAGCCCGAUAUAAAACUGUACAAUUAUGCGGACGAACGGAGGGAGGAGAAGCGAGAUGCCUUAUUCGUGGUGGAAUCAGACGGGUCUGUGCUCUGGAUCCCACAGGCCAUUUUCAAAAGCUCGUGUGCAAUUGACAUAAUGCAUUUCCCGUUCGACGUUCAGAUAUGCAAGAUGAAGUUUGGUUCCUGGACAUAUGAUGGCAGUAAGAUAGACCUUUCCUUUGUAUACACAACAGAAUCAGGCUUUGACAUGACUGACUACGUCAAAAGCAACGAGUGGGACAUCAAAACGUCCUACUCUAAAAAGAACGUUAUCCGAUAUGCGUGUUGUCCGGAACCGUUCGUCGACCUGACUUUCAUGCUUGAGAUACGCCGGAAACCAGCCUUCUACAACUAUAUACUGAUACUUCCGUGCAUUCUCCUUUCCUCUCUAACAUUGGUGCUCUUCUGGCUUCCUCCAGAGUCCCCGGCCAAAAUGCAGUUGGGUAUGAACAUAUUUGUGGCGUUCUUCGUGUUGCUGUUACUAUUGGCGGAGUCGACGCCCCCGGCCGCCUCCUCCAUCCCUCUCAUUGGUGCUUACUACUGCUUGAACAUGGUUUUGAUCACUCUGUCCACCUUCCUCUCCGUCAUCGUAGUGAACCUCUACUUCCGGGGCUCGCGUACGGAGGUCCCUCGAAUUGUUAAAAAGGUGUUUGUGGAUAUCUUAGCGUGUUUAAUGUGUAUGAAAGAUCAAAUUCGCGAAAACCCCAAAUUGAAAAAUCAGGGACAAGUGAUCACAAAAGACAAGAACUGCAAAUAUGACAAAGUUGGUUACUUUGAGAUGCAAACAGAAGAGAGUUGGAAAUGCCUUUCAAAUGGUACGUCUGGUUUGAACAAUGACCCUGAAUCGCAACCACAGACGGCGCUACAAAGCACUAUCAAUGGUCUAGAGUCGGACGUGCGCGAAAUCAAGAUCCAUCUGCGGCAGCUAUAUGAACGGACGGUACAGCGGGAGUUAAAGGAGAAGACAGCCAAGGAAUGGAGGGUCGUCGCUCUCGUCCUCGACAGACUCUUCUUCUUCGUCUACCUAACGGCCAUUGUUGUGUCAAUCAUAACGACAAUGUAUAACAUCCAAAGCGGAGGGACGAACCAUAUCCGGAGUGUACACGAUAUAAACUGACUGGAUGAGGACUUGGUGGAGGGUAUAGUGCGUGCGCUGUAUUGGUGAAGGGAAUAUGCAUGUAGCUUUGGUGUUGAGAACUUAUUUUCAGUCUUGUUUCUUGGGAUAAAAAUAUGACUUAUGAACGGUGGCCUACUUUAAACGGCCAACAUGUGCCGAUGCCUUUUUAUUCCAACUACUGAACACAACGCCCAGGGCAUAUGGCCAACGACCAACCAGGAGAGAGGAUGUCGUCGCUAGUCUUGGGAUAUAUCGGAUACGAGGACCAUAUCCUUCUAAAUAAGGAUGCCAAGAGCGAUGUGAAAUUGAUGAAUAGUGUAACACGUCAGAAGUCUGAUGAAACUUGCUCUGGAUAUAAACCAAUGAAUGAAUAUUUUGACAGAACAAACUUUCUGAGUUCAUUUUCUGUCCAUUUGGAAUGAUACGAUGAAGCGGACUGAUAUACACAUACACUGCUGAUUGCAAAUUAUACUCAAAAAUGUAAUCAGCUGACAAGCUUCAUAGCAAAGGACAUCUUUUUUCAAUUACAACAUUUCAAAUCUUCGUAACGUUCUCGAUCGUAAUCGGUCAUUCGAGUAGGCUAAUGUCGUUUAUCUGUGGCACUUUCAGAGUUGCUGAGAGAUUGUGCAUUUUCAAAAAGUGUUCAUGUUUUUCGCUACACGUGUUGAUGCUGGAAUUGUUGUUAAUGGGAACGCCUGUUCGUGAUAAAAUGACGUCAUAGACUCGAGGGAGGACGGAAGAGACACGAUGACGCGGCUCCCCAGUAACUGUGUGGAGUACAGGCUAUUUUAAUGUUCUCGGCUAGAGCAGCACUGGCAUAGUUUUAAGAUCUUGUUUCGGUGUUUUGGUAUGGGAAUGUCAAUCAUCAUCAAGGUCAUGUAUUUCCAUUAAUGUACAACUUAUAAUUCCAAUACACGUAUUUACAUAAUUGAAUCGUAAUAUGAAACAUUAAUCUGAUCCUUUUUGGUAUUGAUUCAUUUUAGCAAGACUCGGCAAAACCAAUUUUAGGCCGGGUAUUAAUAUCUGGAUUUGCGUCGUAUGGAACGUGUUAUAUGCAUGGUGAAAACUCGUUUUGGCGUAGCUGAGAGAACAUUAACAGCGCCCCCUAGAGAAACUGUGUAUAUUACUUUGCAAUCUGGAGAAAUAUUUUAGUGUACAUUAUAACUGUAUGUAUUCAUCCAUCCGUCGACUCAUCUACAUUAUAUGUAUGAUAAUUUAAGGUGGAAAGUCCCAGCGCUGUGCGUUGAAUCUCCAAACAAUGACGAAUUCCUUUCUGUUUGCCAUUUUCCAGACGUUGCGCUACAAUUCCAUACAAAAAAUUAAUAAUUUGAUUUCUCAAACAGAUAUAUCCAUGGUAACGGGAAUUCGCUUCUUUUGAUCUUUUGUUAGUAAAGCACGUAUCUUAUCAUUUGAAUACCGUUUGUGAUAUUAUGUAUAGAUUAACUGUUUUUUUGUUUUUUUUUUAAAUUGUAACUUUUUAAAAUUUUCGCAAACAAAAACUUUUCACUACGCAUUUAAAGGAAAUAAAUGUGAAAUAAUUUCAAAUAAGUGUCGGAGUGGAACAGCGGUGGGAUUCCCUACCUUAUACUUCUCGAAUAUUAUUGAACAUUAUAAGACAUUUGAUAUAUUCAUUAUGGAACCGAUAAUAUGAUGAUGCUCCAAACAUCGUAGCCCGUCCAAAGUUCAUAGCCAACUGAUUUUAUUUUAUGUGUCUCAUCCUUAUACAAAUUCACUGGUCAGGACAUGCAUAGUUGUGUUUUCCUUCUAAUAUAGAACUAACACCAGAUUCCCUAUGUCGUAUGUGAGGAAUGCAUACGUAGAUUAGAGAGACAAUGCCACUGCAUGGUAUACUAGCAGACCAUUAACAGUCACAUAUACACAUACAACACGUUUUUAUUUUCUUGGACACACGAUAGAAAUCAGGGUUAUUCAACUUAUACAAAAUGAAUGUAGCCAUAGUGAGCCAUUACUCGAUGUAUUUUACUACUGAUUUGGAAAUGCUGUGUAAAUAUGGUACAUGUUACGUGUCAUGACAAACGUACAAUCUAUAUUUACUAGAUAUCCGUCAAAAGAAUUAAUAAUUAAGACGUGGAUUGUAAGAUGCAUGUAGCAGCACCAUUUGUACAUAAUGUUGACAGAUAUAUAUAUAACCUUCUUUCCUCGAGAAAACUACCAGACACGUGACUAGGUAACUGUCAUCUUACAUAAUCCCGUGUACGUAAUGUUGACAGAUAUAACAUUCUUUCCUCGAAAAAACCAGACACGUGACUAGGUAACUGUCAUGUUACAUAAUCACGCGUACAUAAUGUUGACAUAUAUAACCUUUUCCCCGAGACAAAAAACGGACACGUGACUAAGUAAAAUGUAAAGUUAUUUGAUCACGUUAAAAUGAAGUUGGUAGGGUUAUCCUUUCACACGAGAAAAACCAGGACACUUUUCUAUACCACAUUCAGCAUGAUGUACAUGUGAUAGAUGCAUAAAUGUCAACACUGCGUGCAUAGAUAACCGAAACGUAAUAUGUACAUGUAAUAAAGUUUUUUUAGCAAGAUUACGUACAAUUAACUGGCUAUCAGUCAACACGAUGGACACGAGACGUGUAAGCUACGUGUGUCUGUCACUGUGUCAUCUGACUGGUAUCUAACUCAUGGUCUCAGUGUCCAAGCUUGUCUAUAUGUGGUCUCCACCACCGACACCACCACACACACACACACAACCACCUACACACACCCUUACUUACGGAAGCCCUUUUAACAAUAAACCUCUUCUACUACUAUGUUAUGUCCAUGUACAUAGUAAGUGUCGAUGUUGUUCUUAUGCUAUUUGUUUGUACAUGGUAAUAUUGUAAUAUAUUUAUAUUGCAAACAGAUGCUUCCUGAUAGAUAUAUAUGUUUGUAACGUAUCUUCACAGAGAUAUGUGACUUUCAGUUCAUUUGACUGUCUACAUGGAUGUGCAUGUUUUGUUGACUAUACACUGUAGCAUGUGCGUUAA